UUGAUCAACUGAGCUGAAGUUUCAUUGACUUUGUCGGCUAAGUCAGUCGUUGUUCUUAUCAAAAGUAAACAAGCUUCUUUAUCGCCAAGUUAUUUUCUAUUAUCAUCAGCAUACCUGUAAAGCGAAGGCCUAUUGAUAGAUUAUUGAUUAACCAAACAUGGGUCAUGAUAUCACAAUGUUCAAGGAGAAACCAAAUGAGGAAUUUGUUUGUGCCAUUUGCUUUGGUGUUUUCAACAAUCCGGUCGCCGAUGAUUGUGGUCACAUCUAUUGUGCCGAAUGUCUUUUCGAUUGGUUCAAAGUUAAAGAUACUUGUCCAAUUUCAUGUUCUAAGAUUCGAAAAGAAACUAUUCGAAAACCUCCCCUUCCAUUCACCAAUUUGCUUGGUGCUCUGGAAAUCAAAUGUCCCAAAUGUGGUGACAAAUACAUUCAACUUGAUCAAUAUGACGAUGGUUGCCCUGAUUGUUUAACUUCCCGAUUCUCAAGUCGGCCCAGGGCUUCAAAUGCUCAACGACAAUCUCAAUUUGGACAAUCAUCCAAUACUCGAUUUGGACAAUCGUCCAACACUCGAUUUGCUAAUAGUGGAAAUCUAUGGGAAGGUGUUAAAUGGGCUGGUGUCGCUACAGCGGUUGGAGCUGGUCUAUUGGUGCUCAUUUCGAGUAUGAAAAACAAGAACCGUGAUUAGAUAAACACAUGAAUAUUUAUCGAUUACAUGGAAGUUAACUGAUUGUAAUGAUUGAUUUCAUUUUAAUUAUCUUUCCUGCUUCAUUUACCCUUAAUUAUUAUCAUCAUAUUGCUACAAAUGUAACAAUCAUUUUUUUUCCCUUGCCAUGAUUAUAACUAAUGAUCUCCUCUCAUGACUUUUGAUUGUUAACCUUUAAAUUGUUUAACCAUCUUAAUUGUAAAACUAUAAAGAUUAACCUUGUUCAUUUAUAUACAAAA